UAUUGUUUUCGUAAAAAGUGUUUCGUGUUAUGAAAUACCAGAACCGCUCGUCGAGGCUUUCAGUCCUGCCGGAUUUAGAAUAUCUAUACCACAUGAGCCGGGUGUCCAGUUCAUGGCCAUCCAGGCGAGCGUAAACGAGCCGGUGACUCCCUUGACCCCCGGUGAGUACUCCGGCGAAGUCACGAGGUCCCUGAACGGGCGCUGGACGUUCGAGAAUAAAAACGCCCGUUUGCGUCCAGGAGACGUCCUUCACUACUGGAUGUUUGUCCAGCACGAACGACUGGGGUACAGGAGAGAUGAUGAGAAAGUUACUAUAAUAGACUUAUCAUCCAGGAGUCAAAACUAUGAUACCAAUCCAACUAACACCAACAACAACAACCAGAAUUGUGAACCAUCUCUGACAACUGUAAAAGGCAUCGCAAACGUCUGCAAAGGUCAACUAAUCUUCGAGGAUAAUUUUGUGACAAAAAAACUGGACGACCAGAAAUGGCAUCAGGACUGCCACAUUCCCAGCUACGAAGAGGAUAACGAGUACGUUUCGUAUCAGGCCAGGCCUGAAAAUUUGAUAAUAAAUAAUGGACGUCUGUCGAUUUGGCCGACCAUACUAAAGGAUAAUGAUUACAUCCAAACUGGAGAAUUGAACAUGACGGAAAUUUGUGGUUGCCGUGGCACAAAACUGGGAGAGUGCUAUGGAAAGGCCAUGACUUUCAACAUCCUGCAGCCAGUCGUGUCAGCCAGCGUCAGAUCUAAAUUUAGCUUCCGCUAUGGCAAGGUACAGAUCAGAGCCAAACUGCCAAAAGGAAACUGGUUAUACCCUUUGCUCAAUCUUGAACCCCUAGACUACGAGUACGGUCCAGGGUAUCGUUCCGGAAAGAUCAGAAUUGCAUUCGCCCGCGGCAAUGACAUGCUGAUGAACCCCAAUAACGGAUACGAUUUCGGGUCGAAAGAGAUGAACGCCGGUCUGCUCUUGGGUCAAUUCAAACCCCCGAGAAAUCACUCGACCAGGACUUACCAGGAACAGAACGGCGGUCACUGGACCAGCGCCUUCCAUACAUAUGAAGUGGUAUGGACUCCAAGUAAUCUUCAAGUUAGCGUAGAUGGCAUAAACUUUGCCGUGAUUUCUCCUCCUCCUGGCGGAUUUAAGUCUGUGCAAGAUACCAGUGUGCCGAAUUUUAGAAGGUGGGACGGCGAUGAAAUGGCGCCGUUCGAUAAACAGAUGGUGAUCCGAAUGGCCCUAGCAUGUGGAGGCGUCACAGAUUUCCCCGACAACACAGUAUCCGGUGGCAAUAUUGGCCCUCCUAGACCAAAACCAUGGAGGAAUCUGGAACCUAAAGCAAUGUUGAGUUUUUGGCAAGACAUCUUGGCCUGGGAAUCAACAUGGAAACCGGAUGGAGCAUCGUUGCAAGUUGAAUUUGUAAAAGUAUGGGCAUUGUGA